UUUUUCUCAUCUAUGGUAUAACCUGUCAUGGGGAUAGGGUUUUUCUGCUAUGACCUCUAGCAUCAUGGUAAUUCCCUGGAGAAUCUUCAUCUGUUUCUAUUACUCUAUCAAGUUACUUUUUUCUGUUGCUCUGUGUUCUCCCAGCUCUAGGGAUGAGGUAGUGUCUGAGAGGACCCCUGAGCUGUUGCUUGUUCCUGAGGAUGAGCCCCCUGAGCUACCUCCAGUGUUGCUACUCCCACCAGGUGUGAGAAAUGGCUAUGCCCUCCUGCCACCUCUUCUCAAGGUACUGUCUGACCAGAGAUCUCACAGUUGGGAAGGUGAGUCCCCAAGACUUCAACCAGAUUCCAGAGCCCUUAGGUAUAUGAAGCGGCUAUAUAAGAUGUCUGCCACAAAAGAAGGGAUUCCAAAAGCCAACAAAAGUCACCUCUACAACACUGUCUGGCUCCUCAUUCCUUUUGCUGAGUGCAAGCACCACCCCAAGAACCAAAUAAAAGAAGACCUUCGCUCAGUGGAUCUGCUUUUCAAUCUGGAUCGUGUUACUGCGCUGGAGCAUUUACUCAAGUCUGUCUUGCUCUAUUCCUUUGACAGAUCAGUUUUUAGUUCUUCUGCCAUUACAUGCACGUGUCACAUAGCUGUUAAGGAAAAUGAUACUUCUGGUCAAGUGUGUCCCAAUGUACCUCAGCCAGUUACUUUUAAUCUGCACUUUGAACUCAGAAGACGCAAAUGGGUUGAGAUUGAUGUGACCUCUUUUCUUCAGCCUCUAAUUGCCUCUAACAAGAGGAGUAUCCAUAUGGCUGUGAAUUUCACUUGUAUGAAAGAUGAUCAACACCACAACUCUAACCUGGGAAAUUCCUUUAAUACAGCAUUGGUGCCUCCUUCUCUUCUAUUGUACCUAAAUGACACCAGUGAGCAAGCUUAUCGUAGGUGGCACUCCCUUAGGCAAAGAAGGAAAAAUCCAAUGUGGUCCAGAUGGAGAAAUAAUCCACUUGCAGAUUCCAUGGAAGAAAUGGGAACAGAAAAGAUGCAGAAUAAAAGGGCAUCUCGCCACCGAAGAGAUGAAGAUGUGAAAGAGAACCCAUCUGCUCCAACUUAUAAUUUGAGUGAAUACUUCAAACAAUUCCUGUUUCCCCAAAAUGAAUGUGAGCUUCACAACUUCCGACUAAGUUUUAGCCAACUAAAGUGGGACAAAUGGAUAAUAGCACCACACAGAUACAGCCCUCAAUAUUGCAAAGGUGACUGCCCAAGGCUGGUUGGGCAUCGUUAUGGGUCUCCUGUUCAUACAAUGGUACAGAACAUCAUAUAUGAGAAAUUGGACUCCUCUGUUCCAAGGCCUUCUUGCAUUCCUGCUGAAUAUAGUCCCUUGAGUGUCUUGACAAUAGAGCCUGAUGGUUCUAUAGUCUACAAAGAAUAUGAAGAUAUGAUAGCUACUAAAUGUACUUGUCGGUAACAUUUAAACACCACUUUACUGCUACUUAUUUCAGAAUAUUUUUCCAAUACUCUAAGCCAUCUGUAGUCUUGACCAACUGAAUGUCAUAAGUGUAAGUAACUUCUAUUAAAUAGAUAUGCUUACAAUUUAGCAUGGAAUCAGUGGCAGGUAUCUGCAUAAUGGCAUCACUUAUUUUUGUAGCCCCUUGUAACUAAUUGGAAAUAUGAAAUUAGAAAUUUAAGGAAACUACUUAAUUUCCUUUUAUAUGGAGAAAUCAUCCAUAACUGAAAUCCUGUACACUUUUAUCAAAGAUAUAAUUCUAUUGUAAGCUUUAAUGCUAUGGAUAAAAAUAAGGGGAAUAAACGCCUGUCAUGUCAUGUCAUUUGUGUGGUUCUUGUUCUGUCUUGCUUGCAUCCAAAAGACACUUUAUAUUUUUGGCAAGUGUCUGAGCACAGAAGGAAGCUUUAGUAUUUCUGACUCUCAAUCACCCAAUUUUAAGUAUGCUUUUAAUUAUUCAAACCAGUUCCCUCUCCUUUACUAUGACAAAAUUCAAGGUUAUCUCUGAUAAACUGGCAACCUGUUUUGUCAAACUGUUAAGGCUUUCUUAGAGGUUGAUAAGUGAAUAAACUAUUUAUCUGGAGACCAUCCUAAUUUUGUACCAGGAAGUCUAACUACAUUUCUGGGCAGUAACUAGUAAAAAUAUUCUCAUUCAAACAUUUAAGAGAAUUGUUUCUACAGUUAGCAGGAAAAAUUACUCCUUACUAAUGGGUUAUUUAAAACUGGCAUUUAGUAACUUUUUUUUAAAUGCUGCUUUUCUAUUAUGGCCAGCUAUGACCAAGAAAUAACUGUUCAGACUGUAAACUAAACUUUAGAAGUGAAACCAUACUUGGUACAAUGAAUUUAAAUGUUCUUUUCAAGCAGGAUGCUGUAUAUUUCAAAAAAAAUAAACAGUUUAGUCACACUUUCUGCUGAAGUUAAAUGUUACUUAAAUACAGUAGAGUUAUGAACUGACCAGUCAAUUACACACCUCAUGUGGAACCAGAAGUAUGCAAUCAGGCAGUAGCAGAGACAAAGCAAGUACAGUGUUAAACUACUAAAAUAAACUUUCCCUUAAAAAAAAAAUUGACAAGGUGAGGGAAAUUUUUCUGUGCUUGUUUCAUUUUAAAUUAAGAUGGCUAAAACCACUAAUUUUCUUCUGCCUAGUAAAGUUUCAAAGUUGAAUUAAGUUAAUGUUUGGUAAUAAAUUUUAAAAGAACCAUAAUGUGGUGUUCAGAGUUAAACAUUGCAGUUAAACCACCAUUCCUAAGGCAUUCAUAACUCUGAGGUUCUACUGUAUGUAUUGGUAUUCCUAAACCUGAAUACUCUCCCCCCAAAAAGGCCAGGCUUAAUUGCUUUAAAAUUAAAGUUCAGUAUAUCAAAUAACUUAAUGUUCCCUAGUCUUAUGGAUCUCCAGAGCUAAAUCUCUGGUCCUGAUACUAUUCUAAACAUCUAUUCCCAUGAACUUCUGCUGUCAACAUACACUCUGUAAUGGAAACCUGCCCCAAGAGC